UUUCAAGCACUUGACUUAAAAUUAAAUCUUUAAACUUAUUAUCAAAUCUAUGGCUAGGAUUAUUCCUCAAGCCUUACACCGCCAUCGAUACCUCAAAUCUCCACCCUCGAUUCUCCUCGCUCAAACUCGCCACCAUUCAUUCAAGGCUCAGCUGAUCGAAAUUGACCUCGACUCAUCGUCCUCCACCGCAUCGGGCGGCGAGAGUGAAGCGGAUAGAUUGGCGAUCAAGAAGCUGGAGGAUAUAGUCCAGAAGAUAAUCGUGCAGAAGGCGACGCCGGAUUGGCUGCCGUUUAUGCCGGGAUGGUCGUUUUGGGUGCCGCCGCAGCGGCGGCCGAACACGAUCGUUGAUUGGAUGAGUAAGUUGGCGAAUCAGCUGACUGAAGAAGAGACGCUCUCGCUCACAACUGUUCGUGGCUGGCCGUGCUCCUCCUUUUUGCUCGAAGAUUUGGCAAAGAUGGAUAUUGAGGUGGAAAAGUUGAAAGAGGAUGGGGAGCCGAGAGAGAUAAAGGUGGAGGUGUUGCCAGAUUCUGAAAGCACAUCUCAACCUGAGGAUGAGGAACGAUGAGCUGCAUCCUCUUUGACAGGAUCAGUUUCGAUUGCUAGCUCACCCUUCGAGAUGCCUGGAGAUUAGAGUGAAAGAAUUUGUUGGGUGACACAACUUGAGCAAGCGCAAUGAUGUACAUAGGCAAACCAUGAAAUAGUUGGGGUUGCGAAUUGGGUAAUAUUAGAUUUAUUCUGCUCUGUCAAACUCACCCCCUACUUGAUAAGAAGUUUUCAUAUUUACUGUUGUGUUCAUUCCAGUUGAUAACUUAAUAGUUGUAAUUAUUUUUAGUAUACGAUUUAGUUUCAAAAUAAUUAAAUAGAUGUCCCCAUGUUUGUUCUGGGAUGUUUUUGUG